AUGGAAGCCGAUUGUUAUAGCAGGCUAUAUGACUACCUUCCUACUGAUAUCGAAGCAGUCAAGAAAGAUCCUUGCUACUGCGCAGGAUUUACUUUUGUUGUCAAAACUACAGAUGUUGUAGAACUAUUGAAAUGGUACGUUUUAUGUGCAUUGCAAAAGGAUUGUAUGGGUCCCUCUGGAGCUAAUCACACAUGCACGUUUGCAAAAGACGACCAAUUUACGAAAUAUGCGAAGUGCCACAGAUACGAUCAAUCCGUGGUCAAUAUUCUUCUGGCCAACUUAUUUGAGCACAAACCCAAUCGCUACGUCGUGUCUCAACCUGGAGGUGUAGAGUUAUGGAGAUUGAAGAAGAACGUCUAUGGAAAAGAGUUUUGGCACAUAACAAGAAACAUAUACUAUUAG